GGAGUACAGCUAGCCAGCCAGGUCAGUCUUUUAUUUUUGAUGAAGACUGGAAUCGCAGCGCAGUGGAAAUGUCGUGACAGUAGCCGAGCCGAAGUUCUUGAGCAGUAUGCAGGUAUGUGAUUGUGAAUGUGAGACUCACUGAGAGUGAAGUUAGCGAGUCCUUUGACUAGAUGUGGCGUGCAGUACGUGUGCUUCGCUGCAGUAGGAACUACUGAUGGGUUUCGACGUGGCACGGUUCGCUGGUGAGGUGGACGAGGAGUUGAUUUGCGCUAUUUGCAAAGGGGUACUGGAAUGUCCCGAGCAGGCACCUCAGUGCGAACAUGCCUUUUGUUCGGCUUGCAUUCGAGAAUGGCUCGUGCAACAAGAAACCUGUCCAGUUGAUCGAAGUCCGCUAUCAGCGCAAGAAUUGGCUACGGCGCCGAGAAUCCUGAGAAAUCUCCUGAGCCGACUGACUAUAAGCUGCGAGUUCGCUAGCGAUGGUUGUUCGCAAGUGGUGAAACUGGAUUGCUUACAAGGGCACCAGGAGCAAUGCACAUACAACCCCAAAAUCCCUGUUGCGUGCACAAGUGGCUGUGGCUCGGUGAUCCCCAAGGACGAAGUGUCUACCCAUAACUGUGUGAAAGAGGUCCGCCGUGUCUUGGAAGCACGCAUCCAAGAUCUCGAGGCGGAGGUUGCGCAGCUACGCCGCGAGAGGACGUUUGAAGUUCAGGACUGGGUUAAGCGAGAGUUCAAGGAGUUUGUCGAGUCGCGCCUCUCUGCACUGUCCCUGAACGGCCCAGCUCUGGCCCUGGCCAGUGCCCCACUGUAUGGCGGACGUACGGAGGAUGAAGCGCGUGCAGCGCAGAUCCAACAGUGGGCACAGUCAUUGGCAACGGCACAUGUCUGUCGCUGGGGAGGCAUGAUCUCAACGCCAGACUCUGUGCUGCAAGCAAGCAUUAAACGUGCUCUCUUAGAGAGCGGCUGUCCGCCAGUACUGUGCAAUGAGCUGAUGGAGAAUGCGCAUGAAAGACGCUGGCCGCGCGGCCUCAACACACUGGAAACACGGCAGAUGAACCGACGCCGGUACGAGCAGUACGUGACGAAACGGAUUCCGCGCAAGCAAGCUGUUGUGGUGCUGCAGUGCGAGAAUCAGCAUAUGGGAGACAGCAUGACUGUGGAGCCCGGACUUGUCAUGAUCUUUGCACAUGGUGUCGACUAAUGCGGAUGGCCUUCCACGGCGGCAUGCCGCUUCUGUACAUAGUCAUUGGCCAAUCGGCCAGCGGUGCACCGGUGGUGGCCACUUGAAAGUCAGUCGUAGUUAUUUAUCUUGUAACUCAUAAUCAGUUUGUGAUCGGUGUGACUGUAACUUUGACUGGCAUACAUGACCUCAGUCCUGAGUACUCUUUUACAACACAGUCAUUGCCCUGGCCUCGCAGAACUAGCACUGGUUACAUUGGAGUGCCUCCGCACCUUGAUAAAAGCAGUUCUGAUACCUCAUCACGGCCACAAACCCUCGCCGCUGUAUCCAUGUACUGGGCAUUACGCCACAGCAAUAUUCUUGGUCGCCUGUGUGUGUGUGUGUGUGUGUGUACAUGGUGUACAUGGUGUGUGUGUGUGUGUGUGUGUGUGUGUGUGUGUGUGUGUGUGUGUGUGUGUGUGUGCGCGCGCAUGUGUGCGUGUGGGCGUCACCAGUGUGUGUAUGUGUGUGUUUGUGUGGCAUACCGGGUGGCAGUGUACUGAGUUUCAACCAGACCGUGUUCAGCUAUCAUAGCGCAAGCAAUACCAAGUCACAGUUUAGAAUAAACUCAGAAUGCCAGAUGUUGCAGCCUGGUGUACUCACAUGGGUUGUGUAGCCGAUAUGAAGUACUUGAUAGUGCAAUUCAUGACUGCUUAGAUCAUUGUCUCGGUUAUUAUCUGAGCCAUGAGCAUCAGCAUGACUCCAGCUCAUCAUAUUGAUAAUGCAAGCGUGAAAAUGAAUGUACCACUGAGCUGGCCUAGAAAGUAGAAUAAGGAGAGAGAGAGAAAGAGAACAUGGAGUGAGAGUGCGGCAUGCUGGGGAUCCUGGUUGCAACACGUUCUCGUCGGGAGUUGGUCCUCUGUGCGUGCUAACAGUUUCAUGUCGCUCGCAUGACUUCCCAUUUUGUAUUUUCGUGUCGUCUGCAGACUGCAUGUUUUGUCAUUAUAUUAUACUUCAAAAGUGUAUGUAGUUCGUAUCAUUUCAUAUUAUUGUAGUAGCUGGCCCUCGGAGACAAUUUCACACACUCAAACAAAGCACUCACGAUACUCUCCUUUCUGGGUCGGCAUGUUAUAUGACAAGGCCGGUUGAAUUUGCAUUCAAGCUUUACUCCGGUAACGCAUUUUGUCUACUGAACCUUGAAACCAUGUUCACAGCCAUGUGACACUA